UGCACCGAUGAGUAACAACAGCGUUCGGGGUUUGUCUCUUGUGCUGCCCCUCACGAGUUUUGGCAAUGUAUUGGUGGUUCUUUUCAGUAUUUUCCUGCCUGCAACCAUCAUUUUCCUCAACGUGUCUGUGUCUGUCUCCAUCCUGGUGAACGGGGCGCUUCGCAGUGAGAACCGCUUCAUGUACAUGCUGAGCACCUGCUUCAGUGACAUCUGCUCCGGCGUGUCUUAUUAUUAUGUUGGUGUUCUCGAUGUGAGGGACAGCUUCGACUCCCCUACGAGAACCUUUCAUAUCGUACCCACAUUUUUAGGUCUGUCUUACAUGGCCAUUCUGGCCGCGCAGGCAGACAGGUACCACGCCGUGGUGUCACCUCUUAAAUACUCCUACCACAUGACCCGAAACAGGACCCUGAUGGUCAUUGUUGCCUACUGGGUCUAUGCUUUCCUCAUCGUGGCUGCGCACAACCUGGUCACAGUCGGGGUAGCCAAACAGAUCACGAGCAUUGGCUCGUUCAUAGGGAACAUAUUCACAGUGAUUAUAAUGAUAGGGCUGAAUAUUAGACUGUUCAUCAUAGCCAGGUUCCAGCUGGAGAGGGAACCACCCUCUGAGGAGAGAGAGAACAAGCGCUCAUCAGUGUAUCUCAUACUGGUGGUGGCUGUGUUUUUCUUAGGGACGUGGCUUCCUAUAUUCUGUCACAUCAUUGCCUGUAAUUUCCUUGGUUCGACCUGUUACACCUUUAAGAACGAAGGCACUGACCCUAUUCGCAUUUUGCCCCGUCUUAACGCUGCCCUGACCCCCAUUCUGUACAUCAGAGGGUGCAGUCCGCUCAGAGCCACACUGCUCUCCAAAGUGUGGAGACCCUGCUGUAAGAGGAGGUAA